GUUUUAACGUUUCUCUCUGCUUAAAAUUUUUUUUUUGGCAUAUUGAAGUCCAGAUGCACUCUAAGAUAAGAAAUUACUCUAUAUAUUGUUUAUGAUGGACUGAUAUAUGCUCUGUGUUCCUGAAUCAAAGGUCUAUAUAUGCAAGUUAUUUCAGUCGAUCGACCAAAUGGAUACAUCACUAGAGUUAAUGAAGGAAAACGCCUACAAAUACCAAUUGAUGUUGGAAGUUUCGGUGAGAAGAUUCUACCGAUACUCGUGCAAUUAUAUCAUCUGAAGAAAAUGGUUAGAAGUGUAUAUCAAAAUGUCAGACUUUCUCAAACUGCCAGCCCCAACAAUGCAAAUUGGCUCGACCAUUGCUUGGACAAGAAAACUAGAGUUAUUAUACCUGCAACCUCAUCAUAUACGGAAACUUCCAGAACAAAGUAAUUGUUGAGAUCGAGCUUAUAUACAGAUAUAACUCUAUCAUCAAUUCUUUCUUUCUUAUUUGAUAACUUUUCUAUAAAUCAUUAUUGCAUUACUCUUUA